AUGGAAAAUAAAAAGAAAGAGGUGAGGGACGGUGAAGACGAUGAGGUCGAAGAAGAGAUGAAGAUGGAGAAGUUUUACUCGCUGUUGAGAAGCUUCCGAGACGCACGUGAUCGACGGCGAAGGGAGUUGCUGGAGUCGGACAAUAACGAGAGAAACAGGAAAAAGAUGAAGGGGGACACGACAACCAACGCCAAAGCCGAGGUUUCUUUCGAGUGGCAGGACUUUACCACCGAGACUCACUUCAGACAGCCCCCUUUGGUUUUCCCGAAUCCGAUUCCGUGUGACGCAAUCAAAGACAACAAGGGUAGUAAGAAGAAGAAGGAACAACAACACGAUCUUGCUCUCGACCUCAAACUCACUCUCUAA